CGGAUGGCCAGCCUUUCAGACCGGUAGAUAUAGCUGCCUUGACAGAUGCCAGUUUGUUAGCUCAGACCAGAAAAGAGGAAGAUCUAGUGGCAGUAAAAAAAAGUUUGAUACGUGUCUAGAUUUUAGGUAGACAUAGGAUCAUAAUAGGGCAAAUAAAGGAAAAACAUAUGUAAGUGUAAUGAUCGCUGACGCCCGAACUCCUCAGUGUUGUUGACACAUCCUCAGCUAGCUAGCUAGCGUAGCGCACUAAAACUUGGAGAUGUCUCCGGGCGACAAUCCUCACACUCUCCUGGGGAGGAUCCGAUUUUUAAACAAGUGCAUUGAGUGCUUCCGAAAAAGCGAACAUCUGCCGGAGACUUUGUGUUAUGUCACGAAAGAGGUUUGUUACAAAAUUUGUAAAGAUUCAUCAUCGGGCUCUACUUCCGCGUCGUCGUCGUCGUCAACAGCUGGUACCUCGAGUGGAAAGAGUGUGGUGUCGGUGUGGGAGAGCCCACAUCAGGCGCCACACAAAAAAUCAUGCAAGUGUAACAUUGAGCCAAAGAAAGGGACGUGUAUAAGGACAACAGGGGAAGAAUAUUGCAACAGCCACGGCCUGUGGGUCAAAAUAAGCAAGGAGCAGCUGGAGGAGUAUCGACCGGGUCUGGACUUAGAUGAAGGCUGGAUUCUGGUGUGUAAACAUACAGAGGGUGGAGACAGGCUUGUGCCUGUGGAGUCUCCGGACACUAUUAGCCGACAACAACAGCUCUUUGGCUAUGACCACAAGCCUUGCAACCGAUGGGAGCAGGUGGUGGAUGUGGAGUACUCUUUACAUAUGGGUGCCAAACCCAAGGUGGCAGAGCCAGAUGAAGCUGCUGUUCAGAAACUGAGGUAUGUACCUCCUACAUGGACAUUUGAAUGUGAUGAGGACCUGGUUCACUACUUCUAUGACCACAUUGGGAAGGAAGAUGAAAAUCUUGGCAGUGUGAAGCAAUGCGUGACCAGCAUUGAUGUUUCCUCUAGUUCGGAGGACCCUAGUGGUGGAGCAAGCUGCCUGACAGAUGGAGACACUGAGACAUUCUGGGAGAGUGAUGGCAUGCAGGGACAACACUGGAUCCGUCUGCACAUGAAGAGAGGCACUGUGGUCAAUAAACUGAUAUUGACUGUGGACUCAACAGAUGAUAACUACAUGCCUAAAAGAGUGACAGUGUAUGGUGGAGAAGGAGACAACCUUAAGAAGUACAGUGACGUAACAAUAGAUGACAAUUUAAUAGGAGAAGUCUGUGUACUGGAGGAUAUGACAUCACACUUGCCUGUUAUAGAGGUCAGGAUUGAGGAAUGCAGAGACGAGGGAAUUGAUGUACGGAUCAGAGGUCUAAAAAUCAAAUCGUCCUGUGAGCGAGACCUGGGCCUGAAUGCUGAAGUGUUCCAGUCUCCCAACCUGGUGCGCUAUCCAAGACUGGAAGGCACGCCCCCUGAUGUCCUCUAUCGGCGUGCACUGGUCAUUCAGAGGUUUAUCACACUCUUGGACAGUCUAUUGCCUCAUAUGGUUCCUGCAUGGGACUACAGCCUUGGAACAUUCAACCAUAUCAAAAGUAUAAAGCAGUUCCUGUUGUUGUCAAAGCGCCGCACUGCCCUCAUCACCCAGUGCCUGAAGGACUCUGAGACCAGUAAGCCUAACUUCAUGCCCCGCCUUUACAUAAACCGUCGCCUCGCUAUGGAGCACCGUGACAACCCCAGUUUGGACCCUACAUGCAAAAACGCUGUCUUUACUCAGGUGUAUGAGGGUCUGAAGCCGUCUGACAAGUACGAAAAGACUCUGGAUUACAGGUGGCCAGCACGAUAUGACCAGUGGUGGGAGUGUAAAUUUAUUGCAGAAGGCAUCAUUGAUCAAGGAGGUGGAUUUCGAGACAGCCUUGCAGACAUGUCAGAAGAACUGUGUCCUAGCUCAUCAGAAUGCCCCAUGCCUCUUCCAUUCUUCACUCGAACCUCUAACCAGGGAGCUGGAGAAGCUAGAGACUUUUACGUGCCGAAUCCUUCAUGCAGGGACUUCAAUAAGUUUGAGUGGAUCGGGCAACUUAUGGGAGCAGCUCUUCGUGGGAAAGACUUUCUGGUUCUGGCUUUACCGGGGCUGGUGUGGAAGCAGCUAAUUGGAGAAGUUGUCAGUUGGAACAAGGACCUUCCUGCUGUUGACACUGUACUGGUGAAGUUGUUGGAGGCUAUGGAGCAUAUGGACAAAGAGACGUUUGAUUUUAAGUUUGGUCAGGAGCUUGUAUACACCACACCGCUGAGUGAUGGACGGCUGGUGGAACUCAUUCGAGGGGGCAGUGGAGUGGUGGUCCAGUAUGAGGAUCGUAUGGAAUUCAUACGCCUGGUUCAGAAAGCAAGACUUGAAGAGAGCCGAGAACAGAUUGCAGCCAUUCAGGCCGGACUGUUGAAGGUGGUGCCACAGGCUGUGCUGGAUCUUCUGACAUGGCAGGAAGUAGAGAAGAAAGUUUGUGGAGAUCCAGAGAUCACAGUCGAGGCCCUUAAACGCCUCACACGUUUUGAAGACUUGGAACAAACGGAUGUCAGAGUGCAAUAUUUAUGGGAAGCCCUCAUGAACUUCACCAAUGAGGAUCGUAGCAGGUUUUUAAGAUUUGUGACUGGCAGAAGUCGUCUUCCUGCUCCAAUCUACAUCUUUCCAGACAAACAAGGGUCUGAAAUCACAGAUGCACUUCCUCAAUCCUCAACAUGUUCCAGCACCCUUUAUUUACCCAAAUACCCAAGUGCUAAAGUUUGUGAAGAGAAGCUUCGCUAUGCCGCAUAUAACUGUGUGGCCAUCGACACAGACAUGAGCCCUUGGGAGGAGUGACCUGAUGUUCCGAUGUUUACAAAUUUUACACCAGGAUUUUUUUUGCAUAGAUGAACUGUAGCUUUCAUCAUCAUGCACAUGAUCAUGUCUACACUAUUGCCAAUAACAUCUGUACAGUAUAAAUAAAAAUGUUAUAAAUGAA